AUGACUGAGCGUGCGCGCGUUGUUGAGGCGUUCCGGGGUGAGGACGAGGUGGGUCCGGACGAGUUCUCGAUCCGGUUCCCCAAACAGAGCGAACUGGAGCAGGACGAGGAGUGGUGCGAGGUGUUCCUCGACGGCUCCUGGGAGCGGUUCCGGUUCCACGACUACACCGAGAUCUACAACGUCCCCGGCUUGUACGAGCGGCUGUUCUACCAGACGCUGCGGUGCUGCUCGCCGGAGCGCGUGGUGUCGGCGCUCGGGGGCGUGCUGCGAGACCAGGAGGUCGACCCGACGGGGCUGCGGGUGCUCGACGUCGGGGCUGGGAACGGGAUGGUGGGGACGGAGCUGCGCCAGAUCGGGGCGCGGACGGUGGUGGGGGUCGACAUCCUCGAGGCGGCGCGGGAGGCGACGUUGCGCGAUCGGCCGCACGUGUACGACGAGUACCUCGUGAGCGACCUGACGGGGCUGGAGAAAGACGAGGAGGCGGGGCUGCGGGUGUGCCAGUUCAACGCGAUGACGUGCGUGGCGGCGCUGGGGUUCGGGGACAUCCCGCCGGAGGCGUUCUGCAGCGCGUACAACUUCGUGGGCGUGGACGGGUGGCUGGCGUUCAACAUCCGCGAUCUGUUCCUGGACCGGAAGGAUCAGACGGGGUUCUCGCGCCUGAUCAACACGAUGCUGAACGAGCGAUUCAUCGAGCUGCACGCGUACCGGCGGUACGUGCACCGGCUGACGAUCGGGAUGGAGAAGCUCUCGUACGUGGCGCUGGUGGCGAAGAAGCUGCGGGACUUUGAGGAUGGGGAGGUGGAGGGGUUGAUUGCGCGGAGCGGGUAG